AUGCUAUUGGUGUUAUACAACAUUAAUAGUGAAUAUCUUUCUGACCAAAGUAGUUUGACUGAUGCAACUUUGCAAGAGAAAGAUGUUAAUAUUCUUUAUACAGAAAUUUUAAAAGAUAUAUAUAGUGAAGAUCCUGAUUUGCAGUGUCUUCUUAUUAAAAUACUUCAGACACUUAUGCAGAAGAAAGAACAAUUGCUAAAUGUUGAACAAAAACAGUCUGUUGCCCAAAGAAUUAUCACAGAUUUAUUGAAUCCUACCCAGAAUGAAAAAGUUUUACUGAAUGCCUUCCAUUUUUUAAUUCAAAUUUUAUCCUACAUCAAAAUGGACAAUUUAAUGCUUAAAGCUGUGCUAGAAAAACUUGAAGAAAUCAUGCUUCAAAGCAGCGUCUCAGUUUCGGUGUAUUUUUCUGCGUGUAACUGUUUUCAACGGAUAGUCAAAGAGUAUGUGUCCGAAGUUGUCAAUUUUAUGCCGAUCUUUAUUAAAAUGGUUUUUUUGCCUCUGGUUCACCCUUCAACUAAAGUGAGAGAAGUAGCAGGAAAAACUUUAGAUUUAUGUCCUACAAACUUGAUGUUCUCCCAAGAAGACCUUUCCUUUCUACUGAAAUUUAUAAAAGAGAUAUUGCCCAAAGAUCUUGUAGUUUUAUUCAAAGACAAGCAAGAGCUGUAUGUUUUGAAAAUAUGGUCUACUGUUGUAACUAUCCUUGGAAAGAAUCUUCAUUCAAAUCUGUCUGCUAUGACACCAUUCUUUCAAGUGAUUGAAAAAGGCUUCAAAUCAUCUAGUGAUAAUGUAUGCAUAGCUGCAUUUGUUGCAUGGAAAAGCUUAAUUAGUAAUUUUGCACUUUCUGAAGAUGUUUUAAAUGACUCAAAAAAGCUCCGGUUUGUGCUGAAACCUUUUAAAAAUAUCUCAAGAUUAAGUGAAAAUAUCUUAUUAACUGUUUGCACUACAUGGUGGCAUUUAGUUUGUCAUCUUUCUCACAAUUUAUCAAUGCGCUUUACUGAAGUAUGCAUUCCAUUAUUAGAGCUUACUGUGGGGAAGAGUACAACAGGACUGUCAGAAAAGCCAAUUUCUAAAGGAAGUGUGCCUUCUUUGAUAAAGCGAGGUUGUUUUAUAUUGCUGCUACUUCUUCAACCAUCAGCUGACAGUGUUAAUCCUAUUACCAGCCCGAAAAAAAUGCCAACUAUGCCAUAUUCAUCUCUACAAGCUCCUGUAGAUAUUAAAAUUUUAGUUCAUCAUUUUAAGGACAUAAUUAAUACAGCUCGGGUCAUUGCUGAAACUUAUGGGAAGAAAGAUGAAAUGAAAAUUCACAUUGAUAGUUUGAUGAAGUCGAUUCUUUUUAUUGUUUCAUCUAUUAUUGAAGAUGAAAGUAAUAAGGAAUCAGUUGAUGCUGUGAUAACAUUUUUAAACUUUUUAAAUGAAAUUAUAAAUGAAAAGAUCUGUCCUCCUUUGCUGUGCUUGAAAUCCAUAGAAAGCCUAAGCAAAAUAUCUCGUCGUUGUCUUGUGUCUCAUAUAUUCAAUUUUGGAUCAAGAAAAUCACAAGAUGUGUUAUGUUCUUCACUGUUGAAACUUUUAUUGAACUCUUAUUUAUUUCCCAGUGAAAAUCCUAAGAGAUUUUAUAUAACUUAUAAUCGUCUCAUUCAAGCUGGAAUUCAUGAAUCAUUGCACCCGUUACCUGUAACUCAGAGAUUCUUGAGCAUUGUUAAAUCAGUAAUUUCAACAAGUAAUUUAGAUGGAGAAACGCUUCUGCAGAUGUGGUCAGGCAUUGCGUCACCAUUGGUGGAAGUCAUUGAAAAGACUCAAGAUGUUAAUCAAGGCAAUAAAAUGGAGCAUGAUUUUAGCUGUAUGUAUGAAGUACUGCUUUGUCCAGUUGAGCUAAUCUUUCCUACUUAUGUUCAACAGUUUCGUGCCAAACCUGCUUUCCAGUUGUGGUCAGUUUUAUUUAAAUCAUUUGUACGAUCUGCAUCUCUUGUGUCAACUGUUCUUCCCAAUGAAAUCUGUGAAAUGUUUUGUUCAAAUCUCAAGAAUUUUAUCAAGACCGAUCUAAUGAAGGAACCCCAUUUCUUUGAGUCUAUUUGUUUUCUUCUUCAAGUAAUUGUUGAAACUGUUGAUUUUACAUCAUUUGGAGCAACAAGCUCAGAAGGAAUUUUGAAUUCAACAUUGCUUAUGAAGCAGAAGAAGCCUCUUGGAAAUCUAACUUCUCUUGUUGAUGUAUUUUCCUCGGUACUCAAAGAGUUUAAUUCCAGCUAUUUUGAAUCAGAAAAUGCAAAUGAUUCAUUCACCCCUACAGCUCAGCGUAAAGUACAAGUAAUGAAAUCAGCAGCUCCCCUGGAUUUAUUGAAAACAUUUUUUGGAAACAUAAAAUUUGGCAAUGUUAUCCCUUUUGUCCUAGAAGUACUUGCUGAACCAUUAGCUACUGUCAUUUCUGCAAGUGGUAACAAGAAGACAUCUUCAAAUGCUUUGGAACCAAAGUUGACUGCAUUGUGGAAUUUGAUAACUUCUGCCAUUGAGAAAUAUUAUUUAGGCCCAUAUGAUACUGAUUUUCUGUUAAUAAUGACUCCACUGUUAGAAGCGUCUUUCACUCAUCCAAAACGAAAUUUUAAAGAAAGGAGCAGGAGAUUUUGGUUUGCUACGUUUGGACCCAGCUCAUCACCUCUGAUUUUUCCUGAAUCCUUGAAGAUUGUUUUAAAACGAUGUAAACUGCCUUUAUUGUCUGAUGAUAUAAUAAGUCCUACUGAUGAAUUCAGUGCAACUCCUACAUCACAGAAUUCAGAGGAUAGUAUUGUCCAUGAAAAUGUUGCGACAGAACUGCAAUUAAAGUCCGUUUUUGCAAAGCCUUUUGCUGUUAAAAAUGAAAACAAGAGAGAAAAUCAUACUCCUAUAACCAAUAAGAGAUCGCGAUUAAGUGCAAAAAUGAGUAUUGAUGAUUUACCAAGUGAGUGUGAUUUUACUCUUUACCAUCAUUUAGAGCAGUAUCUGGCCGUUGAUUCUGUAAUAAAUGUUAGUCUUCAUGGCUUUGUUCCUUCCUUGUACAAUGACUUAUCACAGUCUCAAGAUACAAGCAACAUUGAAAGCUUCAGUGAUUCACAAGAGGUUAAUAGCGUAUCAUCUCAAGAAGAUCCAGUCAUUGAAAGAAAUGUGGAAAAGGAUGCUGAUUUAGCACAAAAUUCUGAACCUAUAAUAAAUAGUAUUGAAGAGAAUCCCAAUUCUGAACCUCAUCAAAGUAAUAUAAAUGUGAUUGAACCGCCUGCUGAGAGUGCAAUGGAAAUUGAUGAUGGUGUUCAUGCUGUGUUCAGUGAUCAUGUUAUUGAUGAUAUAAAUUUAAAAGCUUCUGUUAGUGUUGAAAAUACUGUAAAAGCAAAUCUCAAAAUAGUUCCAAAAAGUAAAACCUCUUUAAAUAAAGAGAAUGAGUUAGGUAAUGUUAUUUGCCUAGAAGAUUUAACCAGUGUGAAAGAUAUUCCAGUGACAGAGAAUAAGAAAAUUAAAACUUGUGAAAAACCUUGUUCCCUUGAUAAUGAAGGUCAGGAGAAAUUUUCUGUUUUUUCAAAGACAGCAAUGAAGAAAACUGUUAAUACCAGAAAAAGGAGAAGUGCAAAAUUAAAUCAUACAUAUGAUGAAAGUGACAGUAAACAACGCAAAGAGGAUACCUCUUUAAAACUAAAUCAUUCUUGUAUUGAAACUAUUGAAAUAAAUGAUUCAGAUGAAAUUAUUCCAAGCUCUCAAAGUUCAUCUGAAAAUGAUAACCAUUUAAAACUUUCUUUCAUCGAGUCAACAUCGCCAGAUGCUUCAAGUGUUCAAAAAUUGCUUAUUUCUCAGGAUUCCUCAUUGGAUAAUAAGGGAAUCAAAAGUUCUGCUGAAGUAAAAGAAGCUGGGCCUGAUUUAAGUACUUCUAAAAUAAUCAAUAUUGAAUCAUCACCUCCUAAGAGUCAGAAAAAUGGACUUCAAUCGGAAGAUUUUACCAAAACUUCUCAAAAGGAAGAGGAUGUUGAUAAUUUGAAAGUGGAUAAAUUUUCCGAUAGUUUUGUUCUGGAAUAUAUAGCAACAGAUAUUUCAAAUAAAGUGGAAACUGACGUAACUGUACCAUCCUCAUUAGAAAAAGAACUGAAUUUUGAAAGUGAAGCUAUUGAUGGCAAGGGCUCUAAAGAAGUUAUUCAGAACAAAAGCUGCAGUGAAUUGAAUGUAGCUGCACCUAAUGAAAAGGAUGAUUCAGACAUUGAAAUAAUAGAAGUACAUAGUAAUUCUAAUUUAGAAGACACUACAAAUUCCGAAGUCAAUCUUAGCAAAAAAUCACUUCAAGCAAAAAAACGGCGAAAAUCUUUGACUGCUUUUGUAAAGAAUACUGGAAUAAAAUUAAGGCGCAGAACAUCUGACUUCUGUGAAAGAAAAGUAAAUAGCGAUUGUGAGAAAAUCGACUGUGAUACCUCAGUGAUAAAUGAAACUCCUCUUUUAAACAAUGAUGUAUCAGAUGACAGUAAAGCUAUCAGUAACUCAUCACAAAAGGCAGUACAAAAAGAGCCUGAUAUGGAAAGUGAAAGCAGUGCUACUAAAGUUCUAAAAGAAACUGAAGAUGUAUGUACAAAAACUAAAUAUUUCGGUGGAUUCGCCAGUGACACUAAAGGUAACAUAUGCGAACUACCAGUGUUGCUAAAGGUAAAUGCAACAAAUGAAUUGAUAUCUAGCUCUAAACCAGCAAAAUAUAAUUUAAGGAACCAUAAAUUGCCUCAUAUGCUUGAAGAAAAGGAAAAUGACAAUUCAUUUUCAGAUUUAGCAAUUCAUUCUCCACCAAAGUCAGCUAUCGAAACUGAAAAUGCUUCUGAUGAUCAAAUUAGGGUUUCCAAUAUCACUUCUUGUUCAGGAAAUAAUUCCUUAGAAGUGAAACAAAACAACUUGCUGGGUGAUGAUGUGAUGGAACUUGAUAAAAGUGAAAAAGAAACCAUUAUUGACAAUUUACUUCCUCCAAACUCUGUUUGUUUUGUAAAAAUUGAAGCUAUUGAAUCUCUUGCUAAAUUGAGUAAAAGGCUGAAUAUGCAAGAAAAAGAAUCAAUUCUUUCUUGUUCUAAAUCAGUAUCCAGUGCUGAACCUGGAGUAACUAGUUGUGAUGAAAUUGAUGAAAAAAUUGGUGAUAGAGUUCCAAGUUCUAAUGUAAGAGAAAUAAACGAUCAAGUGCAAAGCACAGUUAAUUCUUUGAUAGAUGAUGUUUCUAAAAGUGCUUGUAUCUCUGUUAUUGAUGAAAAUGUUAAUUGUGAGUCUGUCACAGCUAAUCAAAGUGAUUUGCAUGUAGAAACAAAAGCUUUGAGAGCUGGUAGCUUACAACCCUCUCAGGAAAAAACAGUUGAAAACUUCUGUGAUUCAUGUCCUGUAUUCAGUGAAGUAAUGGAAGAAGAGGAAAGUAUUCUUUCUGAACAAAUUUCUGAUAUCAUUACUAGACUUAAUGAUAAUGAACAGAAUGAUAGUCAGAAAGUUGUAAGCAUUUGUAAUUCACCAAAGAAAUUUGCUGCCAAAGAAAUAAUGGAAGAAAAUAACUCUGAAAACUUUGAUUUGGUUGAGGUUAAUGAUCUGCAUUCUAAUAAUAGUGAUGCUGGUGCAUGCUCGCUACAAUCAACUCAAGAGUCAACCUGUAAUGAAGACGCUCAAUCAGUUGCUUUUGGAACAGAUCCAUGCAGAGAAAAUAAUUCGCAAGAAAAUGUUAUUCUUAAUGAAACAGAUGUUAAAGAUAAUGUUGAAUCAAAAAUGCUUAUUCAUAAUGAAUCCAAAGAUAUCUCUCUGAGCUUAUCAUCAGCAACUUCUAACUGUUGUAAUGAAAUCGAUGAAAAUAUUGAUGAUAGUAUUCCAAGUUCUAAUAAGUUGAAGAACUUUGUUCAGAUAGUAUUCAUGAAAAUCCUUCAAAAUUAA